UCCUGUACCGUGAUCCUUUAAGACAACCGAAAAUGAAAGUCUUCGUCAUCGCCGUCGUCCUCACCGCCGUGCUCGGGGCUCCUCGGCCUCAGCAACAGCAGGCAACAGCACUCGUUUAUCCGAACAUCCCGUACUCGUACCAGUACGAGACCAACGACGCCGCCACCGGCAACUUCCACAACAAGGCCGAGAUCAAGACGGCCCUCGGCCAUGUGUUCGGCUCCUGGUCCGUCCUCAUGCCCGACGGCUACAUCCACACCACUUCCUACAACGUCACCGGAAACAGCGGCUUCCUUCCGAUCAUCGUGAAGACGCUCCCUCAAGCCUCCGGCGCUGUGGCCUCAGCAGCCGCCGCUGGAGGCUCUUCGGCCUAAAUCCAGGUUGUCUUGCCUUGGCCUUCGUGGCGACCCGCGUCCUAAGUCAUUGCGGUUCUUGGGCUCCGCUCCUCUCCGCCUCCUUCUUUGGUUCUCACGUCGGCGCUAAAUUUGCUCUGUAUUUCCCAAUAGAAGUUAAUCAAAUUUGCUCUGUAUUACCCAAAAGAAGUUAAUCACCUUUUAGCAGUCAAAAAAGAAACAGAAAGAGAGACAGCAGAGAAGAGGAGAGAAGAAGGGUGAUUGACAAAGAACCACAAAUUUUCUUGUAAAUACCUCUUCCGAAACGUGACUCUGCGUUACCUGUCAUUCUAUUCUUUUAGUUAUAUUUUCUUAUUCUGCUGUUUGUUGUUUAUUUAUCUCUUCAUUUUGUUUAUGUUUGCAAAUGAUAGAUAUCCGGAUAUGUUUUUCUGUGUAUUGCAUAGGAAUAUUGUUUUGUUUUAAAAGAUAUUCUUUAUAUAUUUUACCGAAUAAAUAUUAUAUAUGAUA